AUGAGUUGCAACUUUUUAGGGACGCACCUCAUCACCGUUCUCCCACAGUCACACUCCCCACACCACCAGUUCCCCAUCACAGUCACCAAGACUCCGCCUCCCGUCUCGCACCAACCUCUAGGAUGGCAGACAAGGAACCCAAGGCUGACACGUCACCUUUACCGUCAGUGACGCCGGUGAGUUUGGUGACGGCGAACCGCGUGCGAGCAGCGCUCAUGUCAGACAAGGGCGCUGCCGCACAACUCACCGCCUGGAAGGUCGUGGACUUCACCAAGAAGGGCGACAAUUAUGCCUGUUUAGUGACCAGCGUCGAGGUUAAUUAUGAGAUCGACGGCAAGAGCUCAGAGGUGGUCUAUGUGGUAAAGAUUAACUCAGGAAAGACCUUUGGGAAUAACGAUCUCAUUGAAAUAGCCUUCCAAAAGGAAUGCAAAUUCUUCCUCGACAUCGCACCGCAGAUAAACUCUGUAUUAAAGGAAAUUGGUCAAAGAGAAAUCAACGUUCCCAAAUGCUUCCAUGCAAGUCUGGAGAAAGGAAAGGAAGUAAUCUUCCUUGAGGACCUACGAGCCAGAGGCUACAAAAUGGCUGACCGCAAGCAAGGGUUGGACAAAGCUCACACUACCCUUGUGCUGAUGGAGCUGGCCAGACUCCACGCCGCUUCCGUCCUCCUGCAGAACAAGACUCCUGACGAAGACCUCGGAGAAAAGUACCCUUAUUUAAAAAUAGGAAUGGCCUACUGUAUUAGAAACUAUGAUGCAAUGAAGAAUAUGAUAAAAGAAAGUGCAGUACUUGCUCAAACUAUCACAAAAAAAGUAGGAGGAUACGAAAGAGUAACAGCUUGGAUAGACACGAUCAUUCCUAAAUUAAGGGACAUCUUCGAGCAGCUGGAAUGCGGCGAGCCUAAGGUGGUGUGUCACGGAGACUGCUGGAUUAACAAUCUUCUCUUCAGGUACAGCGAGACUGGCCGCCCCGAGGACGUGAUGCUCCUCGACUUGCAGCUGACAGGCCACAGUGUUCCUGCUGCCGAUCUCAACUACCUCCUCUAUACCAGCAUGACGGGGGACGUCAGGAAGCCCAACAUUGAAGCCUUCCUUGGUUCCUACUACACCACUUUCAAGGACAUCAUGGAGGCUGGCGGCCAGACAGUACCUUUCACGCAGGCGCAGCUCCUCAAGGAUUUCAGAGAAAAUAACCUCGCUGGCUCAAUGUUCGCUAUAAUGUCUGUGCCAGUAAUGCUUUCUGAGACUGAAGGCGCGGUAGACUCGUCGAAAGACGAUGAAAAGGAUCUUGAAGAAACGCUUCGUAAGACGAGAGAGAAGUCGUUGGAAAUGCUAGACACAAAUCCUCUUGUGAAAUCGAGAUUUUUGUCUGUUUUCGACGAAAUGAUGGAACUAGGAAUUAUUCCAUGAAACAGACAGAGAGAGAGAGAGAGAGAGAGAGAGAGAGAGAGGUUUGGCCAGGACGUUACCAAACCGUAGGCUUCACGUGUAAAAUUUUGCAAUUUCCUCGAAGAGUGAAGCCUUAGAGGUCGUGGCCAAUCAAGUCUGCAACAAAAUACUUUCACUUUUGCGUGAUAUGACAAGAAGGUAAGUUUAGACCUUCAUUUAAUUCACAAUGUACUGCAGUUAUAUCAUGGAAACUAAACACAAGUUAUAUUAUUCAGGUUUACAUGUUGUAAUGCUUCUUUGCUCGAAAAUAUAUAACAACUCAGAAAUUAACAAUAACGAAUAACUUAUUUGUCCAUCGGCACAGGCAAUCUAUUUUUUUUUUUUUUCAAUAGUCUUGACCUCCCUCCAUAAAGUGAGAAUCUAAUUCCUUCUUUCUUUUUAAAGCACGAAUAAUAUGACUAGUGUAUUUCACUCAAAUACACAACUGAACACUAAUACUGUUUUAGAGAGCAACAUAAUUGUAACGGAAAUAUAAUACGCGCGUGGCACAAAGAGUCCUCUGGGAGUUCACAGAAUGGAGACGAUGUUCAUCUUAGCCUCAAGCAGUCAGUCUGGCAGACCUUUCCUGCGACCUUGGCGAUACAAUAAAAGAAACUGAGAUGCUGUCUCAAC